GUGGGCCGGUGUUGUUCUCUGAUCACUUUGGAAUUAGGAGACAAGAGCGGAGGACGGCCGCGGCAUCUGCUGGAGUUGAAACCGGACAGGAAUGAAGUUCCCCGUGGACCUCCUGGCCGGCGUUAGCCAGACAGAGCUGGAACGGAUGGCUCAAAACUACAUGGACAACCUCCUCUACAGCAACCCCUGUUCCCCCGAACACCUCACCCUCUCCGACUCCACCCAGGUCACCAUAGACAUCACCAGCGUGGGCUUCGUCCCUCUCUAUGGAUCCAGCAUCAAGAAGAUCCUGGCCCUCUUCUCUCCCGGAGAGCCGUCCACCGCCGUGGCCCUGUACCUGCUGGACCGCUGGUGGGCUGUGGACGACAUUCUCAAGACGGCAGACCCCGCUCGAGAUGGAGCACUGGAGGUGGAGACAGUAGGAGAGAGAAUAGUGUUAUACAUCCUCAAUCGCGUCGUCUAUCGAGCCAAGGAGAAGAGCUCUGAGGAGCUCCCCUUCCUCUGCCAUGGAGAAAAAGACAAUGCAAAGAUCUUGUGGAAUAAUGGAGAGGCUGUUGGUUUCUACUCAGUGAAACCCUCAGGCAGCUUUUGUAGUUAUUUUGGAACCAGAACCUAUCAGCUCCCGGUGAUGGACUCCAUCUUUGUUAGAAAAUGUCAGCGCGGUAAAGACUUUGGCUUCAAGAUGCUGGAGGACUUUGUGCUUAGUUUCAAAGAGGACUGCCUGGGGUUGAGGUACCCCCUCACAAAAUCUAUGUAUAAAGUGUGUGAGAAAUACCUGUGUCAGUACCCAGGAGACACAGACCUGCUGUGGGAGGUGGAGAGCAUAGGUGGGCCCAAACAGAGGACCAAUAUCGCCAGAAAGAUCCAGGCCAUGAACCAGAGUGCAGUAUCCAGGAAUCUAUCAUUCACAGAGGAAUCAAUUGUGAUUAUUGAAAAGGAUGUUGUGAUGGAGGCAAUUACCACUCAAAUAAAAGAAGCUGGCUCUAUGGAAUGCACAGUUGAAAUUGUGGAGGAAGUGACAGUACUGAAGGCUACCAAAGAGGCUGAAGUGCCCCUCACAGCCCGGGGAAGGAGUAGUGGCUCAAAACGAAGGAAGAUGGGAGAAAAGAUUGGGGAGGAGAAGUCGGAAAAAGUCAUCAGAAUUGAGGAUAUUGAAGCAGAAUCCCCCAGCAAGGAUCAAGUGUCUGCGCAACAGAAGACAGAACUACAUGUCUCUGAAUUGGGUAUAUCCAGUAUGGCUCCUGAAGAGCAAGGAGAGGAUAUGGUGGACUCAAAGAUAACAGUUGAGAACGUGGCAUCAGAAAUUGAGGAAGAGUGUCGGGAGGAGGACACUGCAGCGCUGGCAGUCUCUGAAGAAGCUUUGGAGGAAACAGAAACUCUGGAAAAAGUGGAAGAGGGAACUCAAGUUGGGGAUACCGAUGAAAAGUCAGAAGAAAGAGUAACACAACAAGAGGCAAGUCUAUCAAAACGUGCAACAUCAGAGAAUGGUGAAGCUGGAAAACCAGGAAAAGUCAAUGUAAAGGCUCUAACAACUGUACAGAGUGUAACCCCCACACGAAGAUCUACACGUCACAGCAAGCCAGAGGACGUGGUAAAGAAAGGAACUUCAGCCCAGGAUGUAGGGCUUCUUUUGAGAGGAAGAACUCUAGGAAAUACCCCUCCACCCACACGCAAAUAUACCCGACGCAGCCACAAAGUAUCUGAAGAGUUACAGAAAGAGGUUGAUGAAGUGGAAGAGGAGAAAGACGUUUCUACAACUGAAGUAGUGGAGGAGUCAGCUGUAACUGAGGGAGAAGCACAAGAAGAGACUUCCAUAAAAGAAGAUGUAGUUGAUACUGCAACCGAAGAAGCAGCUACAAUGUUGGACCAACCAGCCCCUGUCCUAGCCCUAAAAGUCCCAGAAGAAGCUAAUGUAUCAUCAGCACCUUUAACUGAGGAGCCACAAGUAGAAGACGAUGCCCCAAAUAAUCUGAAAGAGGUUGAAGUGGAAGAGGAGAAAGGUGUUUCCACAACUGACGUAGUGGAGGAGGAGUCAGCUGUAACUGAGGGAGGAGAACAAGAUGAAGCGACCUCCGUAGAAGAGGAUGUAGUCACGGUGGAAGAAUUAUCAGAAAAAACGCAACAGCUAGAAGAUGAACAACCAAAAGAUGAAGAGAAGACAGAGAAACAACAGGAGCCUGAGGUGGAAGACACUCUAGUGAAGGAGAGUUCCACAGAGCUUCCGGAUACAGCAGAGCCUGCCAUAACAAAGGAAAAUGAGGAUGAAAGCGUAACAGAUGAAUCUGAGAAAGAACAAAAUGGUGAGGAGGUUGAAACACCAGCGAUACAGAAUAAAACAGAUGUCCCUGAGAAUGAGAUUGAAGAGGCUCCUGCAGAAGCUUCUGCUGGUGAAGAGAAAGCAGAUGAGCAAGCAGAAUACAAACAGGUGGGGGAACACCACCUGGUGGAACUAGAAGGGACUGAUGACAAAACAGAAGAAGCGAUAACAACAGAGGAACUAACUGUUGUGCAAGAAGGUACAGUUCCAAAGGCAGAGGAAGCACCAUGUUCUCCUUCAACUGAGAUAUGUGCAGAUAGAAAGGCAGACAUUCCAGUAGGAGAUGAUGCUGAAGGGAACAUUCCACUAGCUGAGGUAGAUGAGGCAAUGAGCAUGGAAGAGGAAGAGGCACCAGUUGUUGAAACCAGAGCUCUGAGACGUAGAACAAAAACAAGCACAGCUACACCAGGACGCAAAUCAACAGGAGGCAAAAAGCAGGUGGAUGCACAAGAAUCAGAAAACAGUGAAGCAGAGGAACCCACGGUGACAACAAGAACAUUGAGACGUGGGAAGAUAUCUACCACUGAGACACCUAAAGGCAAAUCAAAAAAAAGCCGUAAACAAAUCCAGGAUGAAGAGCAAAAUGGAGAAGAGGAAUCAAAAUGUGUCGAGGAGACGGCAGUAGUGGAGGAAGAGGCAGCAAAGGAAGCAGCUGUAGAGAAGACUGAUAAGGAGAUAGAGGAGAUAGUAGAUGAGGUUAAGGAAGCCGCCUCUGAAAAAGAGGAAGGUUUAGAGUUGAUGCAAGAUGCAGAGCAACAACAAGAUGCAGUGGAAGAUCAAAAAGAGCUGGGAUCAGAGCCAUCAACAGAAGCGGACGAGGGGAAAGCCCCAGAGGAGGAUAGAAUAGAGGUGGAGAAUGACGAUCUUGUUACUGCACAGGUGGAAAAAGGAGAGUCUGAGGAAGGAGCAAUGGCGAUGGCUGAAGAGGAAGAGAAAACAUCUGUAGUGACAGCUGCUGAAGAUGAUUUAGUACAAGGAGAGACAGACCCACCAUUACCUUCAGAGCCCACUGACUCAGCUGUACUUCUACCUGGUGGAGAUGAGGCAACACCAUCAGCAGAGGAGCAACAGAGUGAGGACAUGGCAAGCCAGCUUUCUGAUCUCCGAAGAGUAACAGUGGUUUUAGUGGACCUGCAAAAACCCCAUCACGAUGUAAAUGAUGAAACAGCAGCUACAGAGGAGGGUCCUUCUGUACAAAAGACUGCUGCUGAGACCGAAGAGGAGCAGAGGGAAGAAACAACGAAAGAGGAAGAAACUGUGGCACAGGAGAAUGUUCCUGUGUCUGCAGAGGAAGGGUGUGGGGAUAAGGUGGAAGCAGUCGUAAAACAAGAUACAGAGGAGGGUAGAGAUGAGGAGACAGCUAAAGCAGUCGCAGCCACGCCGAAAACCAGAGGCAGACCGAGAAACGUGAGAAAGGAGGUAGCUUCAACAAUCCAGAAAGAGGAGGGUAGAGAUGAGGAGACAGCUAAAGAAGGGGUUAAUGUUGAGGAGCAGAAACCUACAGUUACUGAAACCAGAACACCAAGAAGUAAAAAACAAGCAGUCGAAGCCACCCCAAGAACCAGAGGCAGACCAAGAAAAGUGAGAAAGGAGGUAGCUUCAGAAAUCCAGAAAGAGGAACCGGCAAUUCAAGUCACGGCUUUGAGGACGGGAAGGAAAUCUCUCCCUGUCACACAGAGAUGUACACCAAAAAGAACCCGCAAGCAACUCAAGGAAGAAGAAGAAGAAGAAGAAGAAGAAGAAGAAGAAGAAGAAGAAGAGGGAGGAGAGGAAUCUACAACAGUUGAGGUGGGAGGGGAAGAUGAAGGAGAGAAAGAACAACAGAUGACUGAUCAGGAGAAAGGAGAGAGCCUUGAAGACAAGGAUCCAACUGAACAAGUGGAAAAUAUAGAAGCAGAAACAGCCUUAGAGAAAGCGGAUACUGUGGCAGAGGAAGGACUAGAUGCAAUGGAAGAUCAAUCAGAGGGCAUAUCCAAAACAUCUGCAGAAAGGCAGGUAGAGGCAUCAGGUGAAGAAAAUAAACCAGCUUUGGGGGCUGAGGAAGCGGAACUACCACCAGUUGCCACAACCAGAUCUCUGAAGAGUGGUGGAAAGAUGUCCAAAGCUUCGCCAAAAAACAGGUCCAGACGAAGCAAAAAGCAGCCAGACGAAGAGGAAGAUGAGGAGGAACUUGAACCUCCAGUAGAAACAAGAAUUAUGAGAAGGGGAAGGAAGUCUGUUUGUAGAAGCCGCAAACAACUCCAGAAAAAGAAAGAGGGACCAGAGGAAUCAGCUGAAGAAGCAGAGGUACAGGAGAAAGAGGAGGCAGGGCCGGAUUCAGCCGAAUAUCCACCAACUGAAGCGGACAAUGGGAAAGCCCCAGAGGAGGAUAAAAUAGAGGUGGAGAAUGACAAUCUUGUUACUGCACAGGUGGAAAAAGGAGAGUCUGAGGAAGGAGCAAUGGCGAUGGCUGAAGAGGAAGAGAAAACAUCUGUAGUGACAGCUGCUGAAGAUGAUUUAGUACAAGGAGAGACAGACCCACCAUUACCUUCAGAGCCCACUGACUCAGCUGUACUUCUACCUGGUGGAGAUGAGGCAACACCAUCAGCAGAGGAGCAACAGAGUGAGGACAUGGCAAGCCAGCUUUCUGAUCUCCGAAGAGUAACAGUGGUUUUAGUGGACCUGCAAAAACCCCAUCACGAUGUAAAUGAUGAAACAGCAGCUACAGAGGAGGGUCCUUCUGUACAAAAGACUGCUGCUGAGACCGAAGAGGAGCAGAGGGAAGAAACAACGAAAGAGGAAGAAACUGUGGCACAGGAGAAUGUUCCUGUGUCUGCAGAGGAAGGGUGUGGGGAUAAGGUGGAAGCAGUCGUAAAACAAGAUACAGAGGAGGGUAGAGAUGAGGAGACAGCUAAAGCAGUCGCAGCCACGCCGAAAACCAGAGGCAGACCGAGAAACGUGAGAAAGGAGGUAGCUUCAACAAUCCAGAAAGAGGAACCGGCAAUUCAAGUCAGGGCUUUGAGGACGGGAAAGAAAUCUCUCCCUGUCACACAGGGAUGUACACCAAAAAGAACCCGCAAGCAACUCAAAGAAGAAGAAGAAGAGGGAGGAGAGGAAUCUACAACAGUUGAGGUGGGAGGGGAAGAUGAAGGAGAGAAAGAACAACAGAUGACUGAUCAGGAGAAAGGAGAGAGCCUUGAAGACAAGGAUCCAACUGAACAAGAAGAACAUAUAGAAGCAGAAACAGCCUUAGAGAAAGCGGAUACUGUGGCAGAGGAAGUUGUCAACCAACAUGAUACUCAGGAGGAAGGACAGGUCGACAGUAUUGAGACAGUUGCCGAGGAGGACUCAGAGGCUUCAGUUGGACAACAUGCCGAUGAGGAAAAGACCUUGUCUGUUGUAGACGAAGCAGUCGCAACACAAGAUACAGUCGAGGGAGAACAGUCAACCUCCACAUCUGAAGUGGAAGAAAGUGCUGCUGGAGAAGCGGCGACAACGUUGACAGCAGAGGACGAGCAGGCAAAAGAUGCGUCUGAUGAGGAAGCACCAGUUGUUGAAAGAGUUCUGAGAAGUGGCCAAAAGACCGUGAGAGCAACAAGGAGAAGCAAAACCACAAAGGAACAUGAUGAUGAGCAAGAAGAACAGGCACCUGUAGAGAAAAGCACAGAAGAGGAUGAGCCAGCAGUAGCAACAAGAGUUCUGAGGAAGGGAAGAAAGCCUGCUGCCGCAACACCUAGACGUAAAUCCAAAAGAGCCCGCACACAGUGUCAGACUGAGGAAGAAGAAGAAGAAGAAGAAACCACUUCACCUGAAGAGACAGACGAAAUAGAGGAAAGCAGGGAUGAGAAGAUUGAAGAAAAGGAUGGUGAUGAGGAUGCAGCUCGGGAUGAAGGAAAUGCAGAGCCAGAACUCUGCAUAGUGGGAGAAGCUGAUUCCGGAGAAUCACUCACUGAGCAAGAGACAGUGGAAGAGGAGCAGUCUGCUGUUUCCGAAACAUGUGCAGAUGUACAGGAAGAGGCUUCUGUUGGGGAAGGAGCUGAAGAGACGCCUAAUACAGACGAGGGAAAGGUUACCGAUGAGGAAGAAGCACCAACUGUUGGAUCAAGUGGUGAAAAGACAGUGGGAGCCACAACAAGAAGCAAAAAAACAGAACCACAAGAUGAUGUGCAAGAGGAAGAGGCACCUGGAGAGAAAAGCACAGAAGAAGUUGAGCCUGCAGUAGAAACAAGAGUUCUGAGGAAGGGAAGAAAGUCUGCUGCUGCCACACCUAGGUGUCAAUCCAAAAGAGCUCGCACAAAGCAUCAGCAGGAGGAAGAGGAAGAAGAAGAAGAGACUCCUGCUGUAGAGGUUAAAGGAGAGGAAGAAGAGGCGGGGAAGGAAUCACCCGAGGAGAAAGGGAUGGAGGUAGAGGAAACAGAGAAAGACAAAGAUGUGGAAGAGGAAGAAGCUGAUAAUGCGGCUGAGGAAGAGUCUACCGUGGGGGACGCAGAGCAGACGAAGGAUGCAUCGACACAGGAAGCAGCCGUGCUUGAAGAGGAGGAUAACCCUGUGGAAGCUGUGAAUGGGAGUGGUUCUGACACUGUCCUACCUCCAUCAGCUGAGGUAGAAGAGACUAACUCAGCUGAGGAAGAGGAAACCGCAGUCGUAGAACGACCUACUGCCGCUGAAGAAGUGGGAUCGGACACCGCCAUCGCUGAAGAGGAAGAAGCUCCAGCUGUGACAGCAAGAGCACAUAGGAGCACACAAAAAGAGUCACCUGCCACACCGUCACCAAGAUCCAGAAGACAGGAAGACGACUCCCCUCGACGAUCCGUACGAAAAAUGCCAAAAGUGGAUUAUAGGGAAAGCAACGAGGCUGAGCGAGAUGAGACUGAGGGAGACACUGAGGGGGAGGAAAAGGUUGCAGUAGCAUCAGAGGAGGACCAAGACGAGAAGAAAGCCGAAUGUUCUUCAGAUUCAGAUAAAGAGGUAGAGACGGCAGGUUCAAGCCAAGAGGACGAGGAAUACGAGCAGAAUACGUCCGAGGAAGAGGAACCCACAGUGAUUGGGAAGAGAGUUUUAAGAGGGAGGUCGGUUCCGUCAGUGAUAAUAACACCCCAGUCUAAAUCCAGACGCCGCAGAGCUAAAGUGUCCAAAGAAGAGAAGACCACUCGCUCAUCUCAGAAGAGAAAAAGUACUGAGGCGACUACAGCUCGCAAGUCUAAGCGUCUCAGCAGAGUUUAGGAUGUUUAGAAUACGAUUGUUGACGAUGACACAAAAUUGGAUUUGUGCAGUCACUAAACUGGGAAAUGCAAAAAAGUUUUUAUAUAUAUAUAUUUUCAUACUAAAUGUUUUAAUGCAAGCUUUUGUAGUGUGCAGGCUCAAUGUAAAGUGACAAAGUGCUCCGCCUGGUGGAAUCCAGGGGUAACUACGUGAAAGUAACAUGGUCCUGCUUAAGGGCCUCUGCUGUUUUUCUUCUCUACCCCCUUCAUCUGACCUGGGGGCAGUGUGUCUCACAACUAUUUUCACCUGCGUGUCUCAUUUUUCUUCAAACAAGAACUUAUGCCAUCAUGACCAUUAUAAUGACAUGCAAAUCCUACCCACUGUCCCUUUUUUAAAAGACCUCUAAACGGUAAGGCCAUGAUACCACUGAAUGUUAAAGCUACACAAUGAAGGUCCAUUGUUUAAAUACUUAAUUAAUAAUCAGAAUAUUUGAAAAGUGUUUUUGCCUUUUCCCAGUUUGUAUGUGAACAUGAAUUAUAUUUUUGAGGUAAAACACCCAGUGUGAUCAUAAAGAGACUGGGUUCAUGGAAGUCUGCACACAGAUACAGAUACAGAUGAGCAAACUUGUGCUGCGACCACGUUGCAUUUCCUUUGAUCGUUUCUUAAAAGCCAUAAUUAGCAUUUGACCUGAGAAUUCUUACAAGUGGGGAAUUAUUAUGUUUAUAUUGUAAAAAUGUGAAUGUCCAGUUUGCAUCGUGUGAUGCAACAAAUCUAGGUUUUGGUAUUUUUUUAUUCGACAACAUGUAACAAGAUCCAAUUAUUUUUCAAAAUUUGGUAAAAAUCAAAUGAAUGAGUCUUUUUUAAAUUUGUGAUAUGCUCUAUGUUUUUUACUCUAGAAAGGAACCAGUUAUUUUGUAAAGCUUGUUUAUGUACUUUGAUCAAGAAAAAUUACCAAAACAUGUUCUUGCUUUGCAACUAUCAGCAGAACUCAGGUCUUAAUAUCAGCGUGUUGUCUUUUUUCAUAUAGAUCCAUCUAAUUAUGUAAUCACCUCUCAUGUUACACUUUUAACUAACUUUGUUAGCCUUUAGAGAGGACGUCUUUCUCGAGCCAUCGUGUAGUCAAUGCCCUUUAUCAUGUUUGUUGUUUUUAAUAAUGGGAUUAUUUAGUCAACAUUAUACAUUGGGUCAUCGCUGUCAGUUUAAAUGUUGAUUUUGUUGUCUGCAUCAUUUGGAGGAUAACAUUUAAUAAGCUGUAUGAUGUCAAACUGUGAUUUAUUUUUUUUUGCAAAUGUUUUUGUGCUUAUUAUCAGAUGCCGUUUAAGUCAUUUAAGGUCAUUAACACCAUUUUUUUGUCUGUGUGGAUUUACUUUUCUCUGAAAUUCUGUUUCCAUGAGCUGAA